AAUGAAAUGGAAAUGAAAAGAAAAGAAAGGAACUUGUAGUAUGAAGAAUGGAAAAGAAAGGAACUUUCAACUUUGUUAAUUUCAUUUGAUUUGAUCUCAUUUUUAUUCCCAUCUUCUUCUUCUUACAAUCCAUCAUCAUCAUCUCAUUCUCUCUCUCUCUAACAUCAUUCUCUCUCUCUCUCUACAAUGGCAACUCCACCUGUGGUUAGAUUUCCGAUCUUCGCAACAGUUAGAGCUAUUGGACUUGUGAUCAUUCUUCUUCUCUUAACAUGGGCUGUUCAUUUCAGAGGAGGACUCGCUCUCAUUUCCGAUAAUAAAGAUCUCAUCUUUAAUGUUCAUCCGGUGUUGAUGGUGAUUGGGCUUGUUCUAAUCAAUGGUGAAGGGAUGCUUGCGUACAAGACGGUACCUGGAACUAAAAGCUUCAAAAAAACAGUUCAUCUCGGAUUGCAGUUUCUUGCUCUCUUUUUGAGCUUAAUUGGUCUCUGGGCUGCUUGGAAGUUUCACAAUGACAAGGGCAUUGACAACUUCUACAGCCUGCAUUCAUGGUUAGGCCUUGCUUGUCUUUUCCUAUUCUCCAUCCAGUUGGCUGCUGGAUUUGCAACAUUUUGGUAUCCAGGAGGUUCAAGAAACACUAGAGUUGCACUGAUGCCAUGGCAUGUGUUCUUUGGUAUCUAUAUCUAUGCAUUGGCUAUAGCUACAACUACUACUGGUAUUUUAGAAAAGGCUACAUUCCUUCAAACCAACAACGUCAUAUCGCGAUAUUCCAAUGAAGCAAUUCUUGUCAAUUGCUUAGGUGUUUUGAUUGUUGCUUUAGGUGGCUUUGUUAUUCUUGGUUUAGUUACGCCGACUUAUAACAAAUCUGAUGUUAUAAGAGGAAAUGAAUGAGUGAUUGAUUGAGUAUAUAGUUCAAAGUUGAGAACAUGAAAAACAGCUGUAAGAUGUAUUCUUAGGUUGCAUGGAUUGUUGUAUGAACAAACUCUUGAAUAUAUACACAAGUUUAAUUUUCUUUA